AUGGACAGGAACUCUUGCACUAACGGAAUUCCAACCAAUGAACGGCCAGGAUGCGUCGCCCAACAUAUGUCCACAAGCAACCAGGCGGAUGAACUUCGUUAUGGAAUCUCAAAAGUCGCUAUUAGGCUCUCAAUAUCCUCUAACUCCGUCCCUAUUGGGGAACAGUCACAGGUACUCAAUCCUCUACCUGGUAGCAGGCUCGAUCCUUCGUCUCCGGCAUUUGAUGCCCGUCUUUGGGUGAAAGAAUUUAUCCGAUUGGUAGAAUCAGAUCCUGCGUCAGCCCCCUUUCGGUCCCUUGGUGUUGCCUUCAAAGACCUUAGUGUGUUUGCAUAUGGCACAGCCGCUGAGCUCCAAAAAACGACUGGAAAUGUUGUUUUUGGAGCUAUAACCCACUUGUCGAAAUGGUUUCGCGGAAAUCGGUAUGGUAGGCGUGUGGAUAUUUUGUGUGAUUUCGAAGGGGUUCUAGAAGCUGGCGAAAUGCUGCUCGUCCUAGGGCCCCCUGGAUCCGGCUGUUCUACACUUCUCAAGUCGCUAUCAGGAGAAACAUCAGGUCUGCAUGUGGCUCCAGAAUCAUACAUUAACUUUCGAGGAUUGAAUCUUGCUAAUAUCCGUUCCUCAUUUCGUGGUGAUAUUCUAUAUAAUGCGGAGCUCGAUACACAUCUAGCACAUCUAACCGUUGGAGAGACAUUGACAUUUGCCUCUCGUGCCCGCUCCAUCUGCCAUAUCCCAGGCGAAUUUACUCGCCUUCAGUUCGAUACAAUGCGUCGCGAUGUUAUGAUGGCCAUCUUUGGCCUGAAUCAUACCAUCAAUACCCGUGUUGGCGACGAUUUUAUCCGUGGAGUUAGUGGUGGAGAACGAAAGCGAGUUAGUAUUGCGGAAGCGUCUCUAACUGGAGCGAAAUUCCAAUGCUGGGAUAACUCAACUCGUGGUCUCGACAGCGCAAAUGCUAUAAAUUUUUGCAACAGCUUGCGACUUCAGGCAGACUUACUGGGUGUAACAUCAGUGGUUACCUUGUAUCAAGCACCUCAGGCAGCUUACGAUCUAUUCGACCGUGUGACUUUGAUAUACGAUGGCAGACAAAUAUUUUUCGGUCAGGUUACUGAGGCAAAGGACUACUUCGAGGCACUAGGCUUUUACUGCCCUCCCAGGCAAACCAUUCCUGAUUUUCUGACGUCCAUGACUAGCCCGGAAGAGCGGAGGGUGAGACCCGGCUUUGAGGACUCAGUGCCUCGCUCACCGGAUGAGUUUGCUAAAAGAUGGCAAGCAAGUGAUCAACGAAAAAAUCUGCGGCUUGAACUUGCAACAUACGAGCGAAGACAUCCUCCAGAAGAGAGAAUGAAGGAAUACUCGCUCUCUAGACAAGCUGAGCAAGCUAAAGGGCAACGCUCCAAGUCUGUUUAUACUAUAUCAUACACUCAACAAAUAUCUCUGGCUCUCUGGCGUGCGUACCGAAGGUUAUUGGCCGAUCCUGGAUUUACCAUUGCUUCCCUUUUAUUUAACGUCAUAAUGGCGCUCAUCUUAGGAAGCAUGUUUUAUAACCUUAGCACUGAUACAUCCAGCUUCUACUAUCGCGGUGGGCUUAUCUUCUUCUCUCUCCUCUUCAAUGCCUUUGCAAGCCAGCUUGAGGUCCUAACCAUUUACGCUGAACGUCCUGUCGUUGAGAAGCAAAAUCGCUAUGCUUUCUACCACCAGUCCGCCCAGGCCAUUGCAAGUUACUUAACUGAUUUGCCAUAUAAGGUUGUUAAUAUGUUUAUAUUCAACAUCCUUAUAUACUUUAUGGCUAAUCUUAGGCGAGAGGUGGGAGCUUUCUUCUUCUUCUGCUUAACUACACUUCUCACAACGUUGGUUCAAUCGGCUAUCUUUCGCACAUUAGCUUGCUUGACCCGAACCCCUGAUCAGGCCAUGAUACCCAGCGCUGUUUUAAGCCUUGGGCUUAUGAUAUAUACUGGAUUCACCACGCCACUAGAGUAUAUGCCUAGGUGGUCACGUUGGAUGGCGUAUAUCAAUCCCCUAGCGUACGGCUUUGAGGCUUUAAUGGCAAAUGAGUUUCAUAAUAGGGACUUCCCAUGUGCUAGUAUUGUGCCAAGUGGUAAAUGGUAUACAAAUCUGCCAUCUGUCUCCCAGGUAUGCUCUGUUGUUGGCUCGGAGGCUGGUUUGGCCUUUGUCAAUGGAGAUAAUUAUAUCAGCAAAUCUUUUGAUUAUUGGAAUGUGCAUAAGUGGAGAAACAUUGGCAUUCUCUGUGCUUUUUUAGCUUUCUUUUUUCCGGCCUAUGUCCUCGCCGCUGAGCUUGCGAAGCCACCCAAAACACGGGGGGAGAUUCUAUUAUUUCACAGCUGCAAAGGACUUCCAAAGCCAGGCAAGGAGUUGGCUCGAGACGCUGAGAGCCAGGUACAAAGCCAUCUGGGAAAAGAGGAGAAGGUAGAAUCUUCAAGCCAGUUGAACAAGAUCGCUGCUGGGAAGGAUAUAUUUCACUGGCAGGAUCUUUGUUAUGACAUCAGGAUCAAGGGAGGAAAGCGUCGCCUUUUGGACCAUGUUGACGGCUGGGUCAAACCCGGAGUAUCAACCAUUCUUAUGGGCGUAUCCGGUGCAGGAAAAACGACCCUGCUAGAUGUCUUAGCGACACGCGUUACCACCGGAGUUGUAACUGGUGAUACAAUGGUGAAUGGAAGUCCUACAACCCCUUUCUUUCAGCAUAAGGUUGGCUAUGUUCAGCAACAGGAUCUGCACCUUAGCACAAUGACUGUUCGAGAAGCGCUUCAGUUUAGUGCUAUACUUCGGCAGUCUGCCGAGAUACCCAAACCUGAGAAGCUUAAAUACGUUGAAUAUGUUAUUAAUACACUAGGCAUGCAAGGAUUUUCAGAUGCUGUCAUAGGUGUCCCCGGUGAGGGACUCAAUGUCGAGCAGCGCAAACGUCUUACUAUUGGCGUAGAGCUUGCUGCUCAACCGCAAUUGCUUGUCUUCUUCGAUGAACCAACCUCAGGGCUAGAUUCCCAGACUUCUUGGGCCAUAUCUGAACUUAUCAAAAAAUUAGCAAACAAUGGCCAGGCUGUUCUCUGCACUAUCCACCAGCCCUCUGCUAUUUUAUUUGACCAGUUUGACCGACUGCUUCUUAUAGCUCCCGGAGGCAAAACGGUCUACUUUGGAGAUUUAGGUGAUGGCGCUUCGACCCUGAUUAACUACUUCGAAAAAAACAGUGCUCCUGAAUGUCCAGCAGGUGCUAAUCCUGCAGAAUGGAUGCUAGAGGUAAUCCAGUCACCUUCAGGUAGCUCUACGGGAAAAGAUUGGCACCAGAUAUGGUUGGAUUCCCCCGAAUAUCAGGCAGUCCAGGCAGAACUUCAUCGCCUUCGAUCUCUUUCUACUAUAGAAGCCACGGAUAGUAAAGUUGAUCCCCAAAAUCAGGAAUUCGUGUCCUCUUUCUGGAUACAAUUCAGCGAAGUUCUACAGCGCACCUGGAAACACCUCUGGCGAUCGCCGAUUUAUAUUUGGUCCAAAAUAAUACUAAUUAUUCUCUCUUCGCUUUACCUCGGGUUCAGUUUUGAUGCCAACAAUUCCAUCCAAGGACUGCAAAACCAAUUAUGGGCUAGUUUCAUGCUGCUCGUCCUUUUUAUCAACAUCAAUGAGCAGGUUAUGCCUAUGUUCAUACCUCAGCGUGCACUAUAUGAGGCGCGCGAACGGCCAUCCAAGAUAUACAGAUGGACAACAUACUUACUCUCCAAUAUCCUUGUUGAGCUUGUAUGGCAUUCCGUGAUGGCGGCCAUCAUGUAUUUUUGCUGGUAUUAUCCAGUCGGAUUUGUCCGAAAUACUACUCCUAAUGACCAGGCUAUCCGUGGUUUCCUUGUAUUCCUCUUCCUAUGGGUUUACUUAUUAUUCACGAGUACCUUUGCACAUUUUGCCAUUUUCUGGAUUGAUCUCCCCGAGACUGCAGGGGUAUUGACCAGUCUUUUCUGGAUGCUAUGUAUCCUGUUCUGUGGUGUCGGGGUCCUCGCAGCAGACCUUCCGAAGUUUUGGUCGUUCAUGUAUCGUGUCUCACCAGCAACAUACCUUGUUGGUGGUCUCAUGUCUAGCGCUGUUGCUAACUCGGGCGUAAAAUGUGCUGAUAGAGAGAUUCUUCGCAUGGCCCCAACCGGAAAUCUCACAUGCAAAGAGUUCCUGGCCCCUUAUAUCGAAGGAGCUGGGGGUGUUGUGCUCAACCCGGCAUCUCAAGGAAUAUGCGAAUACUGCCCGCUUGCUACAACAAACGAAUUUCUUGACCGAUUCCAGAUUUCGUAUGAUACGAGAUGGAGAGACUUCGCUCUUGUAUGGGUAUAUAUCCUCGCGAACAUUGUCGCAGGGUUAGGGUUUUAUUGGCUGUUCAAAGUCCCAAGAGGCAGAGGUAUCAAGCGGGCUUGA